ACCACCACAGCCCUCUCACCUCGCGUCCCCGCCGCAGCAGCUAUUUCAGGCUCAGGGGAUAUUCACUUCCUUCGAUAUUCAUUCCUACCCCAAAGCAUCCGCAUUGCGCAUAGAGAACAAUGGCCGGUCGCUUUGUGAGAGCUUCUAAGUACCGCCACGUCUUUGGACGGGGCACGAAGAAGGAACAAUGCUACGACAACCUGCGCAUCUCGAAGAACGCAUGGGACACCAACCUGAUCAAGGCAAACCCUGAGUAUAUCUCCGUUAAUUGGGAAGCCAGUGGCGGCGGCGCAUUCGCCGUCAUCCCCAUCAAUGAGAGGGGACGCCUUCCGGAGCAGAUGCCCCUCUUCCGCGGGCACACGGCUGCUGUCCUCGAUACCGACUGGAGUCCGUUCAAUGAUUCGCUCAUUGCCUCUGCGUCCGACGAUGGAAAGGUCUUCAUCUGGAAAGUGCCCGAGGGCUUCACACUCUAUACCGACGCCGAAGAGCCCGCCGAUGUUUCUCCCGUUGCCAAGCUGAGCGGACACAUGAGGAGAGUUGGCCACGUGCUAUUCAACCCCGCCGCCGAUCACGUUCUUGCCAGCGCCUCCGGCGAUUACACUGUGAAGCUAUGGGAUGUCGAGGCUGGCACGCCCAAGCUGACCCUCGCCCACAAGGAUAUAGUACAAUCCCUGUCAUGGAACGCCGAGGGCUCCAUGCUGGUUACCACCAGCCGAGACAAGAAACUGCGUUUGUGGGAUGUGCGACAGGAGAGGCCUGCUCAGGAAGUGGCAGGACAUCCGGGAGCGAAGAACAGCCGUGCCGUCUGGAUGGGCGAGCAUGACCGCAUCGCCACAACCGGAUUCUCGCGCAUGAGCGACCGUCAGCUGGGUCUGUGGGACUCGCGCAACCCCAAGGAGCCCAUUGGAGGCUUCCAGAUUCUCGACUCCAUCUCCGGUGUCUGUAUGCCGUUCUGGGAUGACGGAACGCAGUGCUUGUACCUCGCUGGAAAGGGUGACGGAAAUAUUCGAUACUACGAAUACGAGAACGACAAGUUUGAGUACCUGUCCGAAUACAAGUCCCCCGACCCGCAGCGCGGCAUCGCAUUCCUUCCCAAGCGCGGCAUUAACCUUCACGACAACGAGGUCACUCGCUGCUUCAAGACCGUCAAUGAUACAUACAUCGAGCCCGUCUCGUUCAUUGUACCCCGCCGUUCGGAGAUGUUCCAGAGCGACAUCUACCCGCCCACGACUGGUAUCAAACCCGGCGUGUCCGCCUCAGACUGGUUCGGCGGUAAGACCGCUCUACCCCCGAAGAUCUCCCUUGAGAGUGUGUACGAGGGCGAGGCACCCAAGGAAGUGCCAGCAGACUACAAGCCACCAUCAGCAGCCACACCCGUCCACAGCCCUCCACCUACGAAGACGGAAGCUCCAAAGGCAGCACCGGCGCCGGCGCCAGCUGCUGCUCGCGCACCCCCUUCAUCAGUCAGCAAUAACAAGGCAUCACUCGCCUCUCAAGCCUCCAAGUUCGCGGAUAAAGAGGAGGAGUCUUCCGAAGAUGAGACGUCGAGUUUUGAGGAGGUACCAAAGCCUGUGGACCGUCACACCGCGACUGCUGCACGACAGGAAGAGAAGACGCGCGGCCCAGCUAUCACCAAGGAGCCCGAGCCUCCGAAACCCACACCUGCCCCAACUACUGCUCCCGCCAAGGCAUACUCUCCAUCAAGCGAGCCUACGCCGACGGCCUCGACGCCCGCUCCGAGCGCCUCUGGUGCAGCAGCUGGGCUCAAGGACUAUCUCGCGGAUAUCAAAGACACGCUCCACCACCAAAAUCAGAUCAUGUCCGACCAGUCGGAUCAGAUUGCUCUGCUCAUGCGCGAAGUCAGCCAGCUGAAAGUCAAACUCGUCAGCUCGGGGAGCUCAGACCGAGAAAAGGACGAGCGCAUCCGGCAACUAGAGCUCGAGCUCGAAGAAGCCAGGUCGUGAUCGCGCAAUGCCGCGUAAAGCUUCACGGACUAUGAGCUGACGUACCGUAGAAACGCCCUUGACACGAUGACUUGACCAGUUUUGGCAAUUGGGAUGAUCCCUGGGCGGCUUGAGGCGUGUAUGUUGCUGGCACUGUGAAUAUCGAGGGCUUGGUCAGGGGUGAAAUUGUAUGCGUAUUGGUAGCGAUCGUGGGUUUGAUAGCGUUUGGGGAUGCACGGUGUUGGUUUUGGCUUAGCAGCAUCUGCUGAAGAAUGAAUCCCAAUGUUCCAAGCCUCUCCUACGCUGUUAGACGACUUCAUUAUCUACUUCCUGCAAUCGGACAACCGAAGGCAUGCAGCACAGAUGUAGUGAUGACAAGAGUUGAGUCUGGCUCUCUGUCCAUAUGUGUGAUUGCAUUG